GGCUGGGCUGUGACGCGGCGGAGCGGGGCGGCCAUGGGAGGCGGUGCCGGGCCGGGCCCGCCAUGCCGAAGCGCUCCUGCCCCUUCGGGGAGGCGGCCCCGCUCCAGCUGAAAACACGCGUGGGGCUGCGUGAGCUGAGCCGCGGCGUGCGGGGCGAGGAGUACUGCCGGGAGGUGUUCGAGAGGACCCGGCGGCUGCUCUUCAGGGGCGCUCAGGCGUACAUGGAAGGAGCCUGGCCCGCCAGCCCCGCCGCGGUGACCCGCUCGCCGGAGCCGGGCGGGGAGGCCCAGGACGGCAGCGCGGGGCGCCGCUGGAGCGGGCAGCUGCUCAUCGGCCAGGACGGGAAACUGCUGAGGCGCCCCGUCGCCGCGGGGAAGGCACCCGUGGGAGCUUCCAAAGCCUGCUCGUCGUGUGUGAGAACUGCUGAUGUCAAGGAAGCAUGUACGCAGUGCGACCAGUUUGUCUGCCAGAACUGCAGCAGCCUCUGCAGCUGCUGUAACACAGUGAUCUGUUCUUUGUGCUCCACUCUUGAUUAUGGUGAUGUGGGAGAGCAAGUUCUCUGCAAUGGUUGUUCGAUAUUUCAAGUCUGAAUCUUGAUGAAAUAGCCUUUAUGGCUGAGAUGUCUGUACAUUUUAUGAAGUCUCCUCCUUGCCGCUGGCCUAUUAAUCCUUUUAGCAUGUGAAUUAAUUAUGGAAUUUCUAUGUUUUAUAUCUUUAUACUAUACUACUUUAUAUUGUAGCUAAAUAAAGUUUUAUAUUUUGAGGCUUUCUAGAUUAUUUUGAGUCAACUUUCUCCUUUUCCCUAAUUGUGAUGCGCUUAUCUGGAAGGGGCCGCUUUAUGCUCAUACCUGGUGAUACACCUUAUGUGAUACAGAACUCAGAAUAUUUAGCCAGUGUCUCUCCACUUGUUGCUCAUGUUAGGACAUGCUUUUGUGGGAUCAGAAUAGAAAUCAGUUGCUCCUUUUGUGCUUGCAGGUGGGUGUAAAUCUAUUGUGGACACACA